AUGGUCUCCAAGUACGCAGCCUUGAUGGCUCUGAUCGGCUCUGUUGCCGCUCAGGGUUACUCAAACAGCAGUUCGAUUGCUUCGACUACCUCUUCUGCCUCUGGUGCAGCCUACACCAACGGUGCUGAACCCACCGUGGGAGGCACAACUUUCCUCAUCCAGACCGACACCACUUACAGUGAUGCCACUGUCCUGACUCUUUCGAGAAAGAGACAGGCAAGCUCUGGAAUUGCCUCUUGCUUGGCUACUUGCUCUGACAGCGAUCGUUGUGUCGGCACCUCGUACUCGGACGACACUAUGCAAUGCACAUACUACAGCAGCAUUGACUCAACCUCGAGCACUCCCUCCCCCGGUACCGACUUCGCUCUUGUCCAGGACCGUGCUACCUCUUCCACCACCUCGGAUGUUUUCAACGGCACUACCCCUGUUACUUCUGGAUCUCCUUCCACCAGAACUUCCGGUGUUUCGGUCUCUGGCGCCAACAACUCCACUACUCGUGCCACUGGUAGCUCCACUCGCUCUGCUGGAGUUUCUGGAGUCAGCAACUCCACCACUCGUGCCACUGGCAGUGCCUCGCGUACUUCCAGCACUGUCUCUCGCACUUCCGGCUCUGUCCCCACCAGCGUCCCCUCCUCGCUCCUUACCAUCAACGGUGUCCUCUUCCUCAUUGAGAUUGACAUCAACUACCGUGGUAUUACCAUCGACUUCGCCAUUCUGUCCAAGCGUGCUGGCGAGACCCUCGACCAGUGCUUGACCACCUGCGCUGCCAACGCUGCCUGUGCUGGUACCGGUUUCGAGGAUGGCACCUGCACUUUCUACAGCUCUAUUGAGGAUGGAAGCCGCGUCGUCGAUACCGGAAACACUUUCGCCACUGUCAUUUCCCGAGCUGGAGCCAUUGGAUCUGGCAACAAUGGAACUGCCCCUGGCGUUAACGGAACCACUCCUGCUCCCGCCAGCAACGUCACCGCCGAGUCUCUUAUCUGUCCUCAAUUCAAUGGGCAAGUUAUCGUUUCAUCUGUUGAUGUUACCUUCUCUGUCAGCUGUAGCCAGUUCUUGAUCGGUGUUACAUUUGAUGCCGCUGGAGCCAUUUUGAGCAAGCGUCAGGCCAUGAACCUCCCUCAGACCAUUUCCAACUGCGUCGACAUCUGCUCCUUGUCUGAGGAGUGUGUCGGUACCACAUUCAACGUUGCCAGAGGAGAAUGCAGCUACUACAGCUCUGUUGACUACAGCGUUGCUCUUGACGGCUUCGAUUCAGCCACCCGUGUUCAGGAUAACUCUGAUGGCAACGGUGAGGGCUCUGGCGCUGUCACCACCACUACCGUCGUCGCCCCCGGUGUCACUUCCACCGUCGUCGUUGGUGCCGCUACCACUGCCACCGUCUACACCACCUCGGUCAUCACUGUUACUGUCUACGCUGGAUCCGACUCAACUGCUUUCCCCUCGGGAGCUGUCGUCACAACUGUGUAUCCCGUCGGAACAACAUCCUAUGUCAAUGCUGUGCCUACCGUCACCCUUCCUCAGCAGCAAAACAACGCCGUCCCCACCGUGACAGUCACAGUCGGAUCUGGAGCUGCUGUCGAGACCUCUGUUGUCACUGUCACUGUCGAUUCAAACGGCAAUGUUCUUGGUUCUUCCACUGCCGGUGCCGUCGCUGGUGGCGCCGCCGGAGCUGCCGGAGCUGCCUACCCAACAGUUACGGUUUUCGCCGCAUGCACUACCCCUGCUGCUCAAGAUACCGUGUGGACAACCGUAUAUGUUUGA